AUGUUAAAUAAUUUGAAGAGUUGUUUAAAUCCAUUACCAAAAGUAAAUGUUAAUUUAUCUAUUAAUGAUAUUUUUAAACCAAUUUAUUCUGUGAUAACUUUCCUAGGACUGUUUCCGUAUAGUGUUAAAUUACACCAAAAUAAACAAAAAUAUACAAUUAUACGUAAAUCAAUAUAUGUUAACAGCAUAUAUGGUGUUAGUAUGGUUUUAACCAUAAAUGUGUUUUUAGUAUUGCAUAUUAGAGAAAUGUUUUUUAGUUCUGACUCAAGCCCUAUUAUAGACGUUUUACUGACUAAAAUAAAUUAUUUUAUAGAACUAGUUAUUGUGAUAUUUUUUAUCAUAGUCACAUAUGUGAAUGCGUUUGUAAAUCGACACAAAUAUGUGAAAAUGUUAAAUACAAUAAUGUCAACUUGGAAUGAUUUAUCAAAACGUUAUAAAAAUUUUGGUGAUCUUAGACGUGUUUAUUACAAAGUUAAUUUAUUAGUUAAAUGUUUAUUUCUUAUAGUUUUAAUGCAGUGCUGUCUUAAUUUCUUACAAGGAGAUCGUUUAUGGAGGAUGAUUUUAAUGUACAUCUCUUUUAAUUCGGCACAGACUUUACAAUUCAUUAUGGUCCUUUUUUAUUACGUAACAAUAAUGUUGUUAGUCAUUUUGCUCGCAAACCUUGAGAAGCAAAUUACACAAUUACACAAUAAAAUAAAUGAAGAUAAGUGUUUUGUUCAAAUGAAAACGCAAACGCUAACAGUUAAGCAAAUAGAACUGUUGUAUAACAAAGUUUUUGAUGCUAAAACUGAAAUUAAUCAAAUAUUUCAAUAUCCUUUAUUAGUGUGCUUUUUUCAAUCCUUCUAUGGCAUUGUCAAUGAGGCAUUAAAUAUGUAUCAACGAUUAGUCGUCGAAAAAUGUGCAACUGUUUACGAAAUAUUUAAUCAUUCUUUUUGGAUUACUUUUCAUUUAAUAAAGGUAUUCCUUAUGGCAUCAUCCGGACACGCUUUGAAGAUGAAGGUUCGUAAAAUUAGACAAGCUGUGCUCGACAUUCCGACUGAGGUUCAUGAUGUCCGUUGGUACAUGGAGGUAUUUAUAUAG